AUGUGUGCGAAAAAGACUCCAACGACGCCAACAAAACAAAAUCCGUUGACAGGCGUGACGAAGUCACCGACAAAAAAAGUUUUAGCUUCGAAGCAGACAACAAAGACAAAACAGCAUGAUGAGUCAGUUGCGAAAGUAAAUUCUGUUAGUGCAAUAAUAAAAGAUACGAAAACAAAAUCUGACGGUAAAAAGCUCGAAGCCGAAUCGUUAAUAGCAACAAGUUAUAGUAAGAAGACAAGUAAAGCUGUUACGAAUGAAACAAAAGCUUCAGUCUCUUCUCUCUCCAAUAAGACAAAUGCCAAACAGUCACAGAAUAUAAAAGAUAUGCGUAAAGUUGCCUCUCGUGAAAACUCUCCACUUGACAUUACGAAAAAUAGGAAGCUGGCAAUAAAUGGGAAACCAAACAAAGUAGAAACAAAUGAAUGUGAUCGUGACAAAUCGGGCCACAAUAAAUCAAAUCAAAUCAAAGAUAACAGCAAGGUUAAUGACAAGAAUGAUGAAAUGAAGUCAAAAAGUAAUGAACAUAGCAAUAAAUUUGAGAAAUCUUUGUCGUCAUCUUUAUCUCUGCCUAAAUCAAAUGGUGAAAGUGAUAAUGUAAUCAAAGGAACAGAAAAGUCUAAUAAGAAAACUGGCGAUAAGGGAAAGUCUCAUGUUUCACUUAUUUCUGCUUCCAAAAAGCUCAAUAAGAAGAAUGACGAUGAGGGAAGUAAGAAAAAUGCUGACAAGUCAAAAUCAUUAAAAGCCGUGAAGAAAGUUAAUAAAGAGAAAGAUACCAAGAUUAAAAUCUCAAAUGAACUCAAGAACUUGGGUAUUGAAAUGUCCAAUUCUAACUCAUCCCUCGUUGUUGUCAUUCAAGAAGGCAUCACCAGUGGGAUAAAAACUUCAAUUUGCGAGAUGGUGAAAACGAAAGCACGAUGUUGUUCGAACAAUAGCGUGAACAACCAAAGUUCUUCUCCAGCGAGAAAAACUUCGGACAUUAAAGUGCAGAGUAAGGCUAAUAAAGAAUCUCAAGAACGGAGUGUUAAGGAGGUAGAUUCAAAGAUUAACACAAACAAUGAGCUGGUUGAGAAGAAAAAGGCAAGCGACGAGCAAUUAAAAUUAAUUAAAAUACAAAAAUCUGUAGAUAAAAUCGUUGAGAAUUCCUCGAAUGUUUCUAUAAUUGAAUCAGGAAAGUCUCUCGUUAGCGGUAAAAAUAAAAUUUCAGCUUUAGUAAAUGCAAAAAAUAGAAUAAAGUCUUCAAACGAAUCAAAAAGAGCUGAAAGCAUUAAGAAAUCUAAUGAAUUGGAAGCUCCAAAGCCUAUAAAGCGAAAAUAUGUUAAAAAGAAAUUGGCAGACGUGUCUAAAAAUAAUGCGAUUGUCAAUGAAAAAAUCGAUCAUAAUAAAUCAAGUCUUUUAGCAAUAUCAGAUACAAAGAAAUGUGAUAUAAAAAGCUCAUUAAAUGCAGACACAAAGACCAAUGCAAAGCAUGAAAUCGUAUCGUUAUGCAAAAGCGACAAAGUUGAUGCUUGCGUGUCUGAUCUAGAAACUUCAUCCAUUAACCAUAAAAAGACAGAAGUAUUUGAGUCUCAUAAGGAUGGAAUGAAUGAAAAGGAUUUUAAAAUUUCUGCUAAGAAACCUCAAGAAAAGCUCGCUACGCCAAAGAAAAUUGUAUCCAGAGACAGUGCUCAGGAAAAAGUUCAGCAAAAUAAAAAUGCUAAGAGUCAAGAUAACGGAAAGAAAAUCAUUGAAAAAUCGUCAAAAGUCCCUGUAAAGAAGCAGAAAAUUGAUGAGAAAAUUUCACUUCAGAUAAGCUCUUGCGAAAGUGGAAAUUCCUCAAACAGUUCCGAUAAUGAUAGCGAAAUAUCUGAAAAAACUUUUAAGAAACCAUCAAAACCAACUCAACGAAAUCUUCAAAGAAAUAAAAGUGCAAAGCAAAUCAUAAUCAAACGAAGUCGAGUUGCGUCAUUAAACGCUAUUGCAAAAGUUCACUGUUUGUAUGAAAACGAAGCUCGUUCAACAUCGGACGCAAUAAUUGCUAAAGCAACCAGAAAAUCUCUCGUCGUUGAAUCAAGUGAUGACGAAGAUGAGAUUGGCGAGGAUGAAAAUGAAAAUCAGAAAGUUGAUUUUCAAACAAAAAGGUCGCUUCGCACAGCACCAGGUCUUCGAGGCAUUGGAAAACACUGGGAAAUGGGCAGCAUGAGUUCUGAAAUUGAUUCCGAUUCCGAUGAAUCACAUGGAACGGCAAGAGAUGUGGUUAAAUGGAAACCGAUAAAAGCAUCUCCGGCCAAAAAAGAUUCAAAAACUUUGACGAAGGUCGAUUUGAAGUCUAAAAAUCAAAUAAAGAAAGUAGUUAAACAAUCGCCAAAGCACAAAGCUUCUGAUGAAUCUCAAAAAGAAGACGAGUCUGAUGAUAAGAAAAUUCAACUAAAGAAAUCUUCGCCGAGAAAAUCUUCAUUUUCUGUUAAGAAGUUAAGUGGCACUACGAAACGGAAGAAGACAAAAGAUGAUGACAAAAAUAGCGAUAAAAAUGUUGUUACAAAAAAGCGGAUGGCGAGCUUAAAUGCGAGCGCAAUUUUAGCAGCAAAUUACGAAAUUGAAAACUACGCAGCCAAACAUGAAUCUUCUUCAUCUGAAACAUCGGAAAGUAAUAGCAGCGGUAGCAGCAGCGAAGAUGACAACGAAAAGAAUGCAACAGAACCACCAACGAUGAAGAAAGAAAAGAAAGAUGUUAAAAUGGAAUCCGAAGAGUCGCGUCCAAAGUCAACAAACUUGGUGAAAAUUGACACCGAUGUGACUAUAACUGGCGUUUAUGUCAACUCUGUAAGCAGUCAAGAGACAAUUUGUAAGACGUUGAAAUACCGAACAGCUUACAGCGUAACGGAAGAAUGCGUUGUAUCUCGUCCUCCCACACAAGAGCCACCAAAAUCUUACACACCCUUGUCAGCUUUGACGAAUAUGCGACCGCCAGGAGGACAAAUACCGCCCGAGCCUUGCAUGACAUCACCAUCGGAUCAAUAUCAACCUCCACCAAUGUUUGAUCCCCACAUGGGGCCCAUCCCAACGUAUCAUUAUCCACCUCAGCAACCACCCCCACAACCUUCACCCUAUCCAUCACAUUCAAUGCCAAACACAUCAAGUGCAUUUUAUCCACCUCAACAAGUUCAUCGAGAUCCAAUGGGUGAGUCAAUUUAA